AUGGAUCAUGCGAACCUUGCAAUGACCAUUCAGUCCAAGCCACAGCAUGUCAGGAACAUUUGUGUCUGCGCGCACAUAGAUCACGGAAAGACUACGUUAGUCGAUACCCUUUUGGCAUCCAACAACCUAAUCGCCAAGGAGCACAGCGGGCAACUGCGGUACAUGGACUAUCUGUACACAGAGCAGGAGAGGUGCAUUACUAUGAAAGCCUCAGCUGUCUCUCUACUUCACCUGUCAGAUAAUCAGAUGAUUGUCGACCUCUUUAAAGACCAGAGUACGGAUUCGGCCAAGGCCAUGCGAGUACCCUUGUUGAUGAAUGUCAUUGACACGCCGGGGCAUUGUGACUUCUCCCACGAGGUUUUGGCGGCCGUUUCCAUUUGCGAUGGCGCUUUUCUUCUUGUUGAUGCCAUUGAGGGCGUUGCCUCCCAGACGCUAGGAGUGCUCAAGCACUUGAUUAAACUGCAGAUCGACAUCGUCCUGGUCAUCAACAAGUUGGAUCGGUUGUACAAUGAAUUGAAUAUGGAACCUCUUGAGGCCUACUUCCACCUUCUAAAAUUGAUAGACGAGAGCAAUGCAGCCUACAAUAGUGUAUGGACGGAAGUAGAGGGGAAGCCUGCUGCACAACAAGACCACUUCUCUCCUAUUAAAGAUAACGUCGUCUUUGCAUCUGCCAUUGGAGGUUGGGGAUUUACCAUCUCUUCCUUUGCACAAAUAUUAGCCGAGAAAUAUCCGUUUAUCGCCAGCCCUAAUCAUGACAGGACCUUGCUUUACAAAAACCUUUGGGAUGCUGCUGUUGCAGUGGAUCUAACCAACGGUUGUUUUCGAACGGUUAAGAAGUCCCUCGCACCAGCAUUCGUGACCCUCAUACUUGAAAGCGUUUGGGCCGUACUGGCGUGCAGCAAAUUGGACACUGAAGCAGCAUUCAAAAAGCUUUCGAAGAUGUACCGCAAAUGCAUGGGCAAGCCACUUGAGCAGGUAACCAUAAAUAAUUCUAGCACGGCACAAUUGAUCAAGAGCUUUCUCUCUGACUGGCUUUCCUUGAGUAAUGUUAUCUUCAAUGCAGCAGUGAUAAGCAUCCAUAAUCCUUUACUCUCUAAUAACAUCAUCGCUAAAGGAGUAAGAACUGCCUUAGACACACGUUCCCUAGAUUUAUUUAAUAAAGUGACCCCAACUGUAAUACUUUGCGGAAAGGUCUUGAAUGAAAAAGAUCUGGAUUUACCUCAAAAGACUCGUCUCAGUGCCGAGGACCGACGCUCUUUUUUGCUCUGCAAGAUACUGGCAGGGUCUGUGGCUGUCGAUCAAUCAUUUACUCUUCUUGCUUACACCGAAAAGGAGAGCACGUGCAAGCUCGGAAUUAGCACGGUCCUAAAGGGGUUUUAUUGCCCCAUGAUCCAGUCCAUCGUUCCCUACACCGCUACGGUUCCACACGAGGGAAAUAUAUGCAUAGUAGAGGUAUCAACUACUGUUCCAUUCGGUUCCUUACUGACUGAUUUAAAUACUGCGUUUCACAUCGAUAAAGAAAUGGAUGCUAUACUCUCUAGCUACAAGUCACAACAUAUAUUGACAGAAACGACGCACCGUGAUACUUCGGACCUAGGUCUGUCUGCUGCUUCUGGAAAACGUUCAGAAAAGGGCUUAGAGGAAAACCAAUUGAAGGCUCUGAAGCGCAUAGUAAAGCGAUUGGAUGGAUUGCGGUACAUAGAAGCGCCAUCACCGCUGAUUCAUGUUUCCAUUGCUCCGAUUUCACUAAAGGGCUAUCCCCAGCUCAUUUCGGCUCUCAACUUGCUCUGCACCAUUGAUAGUAGCGCCAUUUAUAGUAUUUCUAGUGUCAACGGCGAAAUCAUCCUUGCUGUUUCGGGAGACGUGCACCUGGAUCGGUGCUGUGAGCAAUUGGACAGCUUUCUCAUUGACAUUUACGGCAGGGACUGUGAUGAGGGCUACUAUGUGAUAAGAGAUAGUAUCCUGCACUUAAAAGAACACGUCAUGCCUGGAAAGUGUGCGUCAGUUACUCCCUUUGGCGAGCCUCCGGAAUUUUUGCAAGUAGCCCUUACAGACCACGUUCUUUCACUACAGAGUGCACAUGCAGGUGAGGGAGGUGCUGCAGUAGUUCUUGAGACUUCUUUGGAGGACGCCUUUUUUGAUGAUUGCUUCGGAGUAGGCAUAGACGAAGGACACGCUACUGUCCAAAUAUCAUCAGAGCAAGGUAGUGAUCCCCAUGAGCAUUCUCAGAAUUCGUUGGACAAAGGUGCACCUGACUAUGAUAGCAUGUGUGCAGCAGUAGCAAGUACUGACAUUACCCUGAAGGAAAUCUUCAAUAAAAUAGAUGUGCAUUCAGCAGCACUAUCCAGGGAGCAAAGCUGCGAUAUGGAUGCUCUGCAAUCUGUGGUAAAAGUAUGCAAUCGCUUUGUUCAAAUACAAAAUCUUGAUAUCCUUAAGUAUUAUCACCAACUGUGCGGCAAGAAUCUAGUAACAGCCCCCGUACUAUCCUCCUUCAUACCGGGAUUAAGCUUCUCCAAGUGUGGGCAUCCUAUGGGAGCAGAGCUUUUACAAAUCAAGGUGUUUAAAGACAGGGUUGUUUUGACGCGCCACACUGUUGCCUUCAUCUGUACCGCAAAUAGCCACAUAAAAGCAGUACUUUCCUCUCGGAGCCCUGAGGAGCCCAAUAUAGUACCCAUAUACAUUGACACCUCUUCGAACGGUGAGAUAGAUGACUACGAGUGUGCCUUGUUCUAUCACUCACUAUCUGGAGACCUCCACGCAGGGUUGAGCGUAGCACUCAUAGAAGCGUUCAAAAUUCUGAUCAGCGCAGGUCCUUUGUGUGAGGAGCCGGUGACAAAUCUUGCUCUUAUUGCACUGCAUAACGUGGUUGACGUAAAGAGUAUGCUUAUGACAGACUUUUUAGAGCAGUAUCAGUCUUGUGCCAUCGAGUCGUGGUUUCUAUCCUCCUUCUUAGAUAAGUUUCACAUACGAUCCUCACUGUCUUACGUAGCGGUUAUCCCGAGCUUUCUAGGAGUCAUGCAGAGUGCUCUAGCAUACAGCAAUGUCGGGAUAGCAGAGCCAUUUAUCAAGGCUAUCAUAAGGGCUCCCCCGCAAUUCAAUAUUCAGAAUCUUCUGGCGUGCUUUGAACGCAUGCGGUGCAUAAAGGACUACGUUGACUUCAAACCGAAUGGCAGCUCAGAGUUCACAGUGUAUGUACCUAGCUCAAACUCCUUACUGUUUCAAAUAGAGCUUCGAAAGGAGAGCAGCGGGCGAUUGAACCUGGGGUUGCAGCCUUACAAAUACUUAGUGCUCAAAGAGGAUCCACGUCACAGUGACAUAGCUUUAGAUGAUGAGGAGCUAAUAGAGUGGGGACAGCAAGGAAGAUACAGAGAGCUCUUGACCAAUGAUGAAGACAAGAACAAGCGAAAAGACGCAUUAAGCUUUGUUUGCGGAAGGUAUCUGUCUCGCAGACUGCAAAUCUCGACUGGUCUUCACUAUUCUGGAUUCAAUAAUGCUAAGCGCUUGGUUGAAAUGAUGAAGAAGGACAAGGGACUCUUAGUUUUGCAAGGAAUGGUUGUUGAAGCAGAAAAGCAGAGAACGAUCAGGAGAAACCGGUAG